GAUUCUCACGCUGCUGAUGACAGACGGCGCGUCGGACCCACCGGCUCGCCUCUGCAGCCUGCUACAACUUUACACGCAUGCACUUUUCCCACGGCUUCACACAAAUAUCACGCAACGGAUUAAAUGAAACUUUUGCAUUGGAUUAACCCACUUUUACUUGCUUUUACCGGUUUUUUGUGGCUUUCCUACUAUAUUCCACUGCGAGAUUUAAACCUAAAAGAUUCCCAACACUGAGAGUGACGACAAAGACCUUACACCAUGCCGCUGAAUCCAAGUUUCGCGAGUAAAAACUAUGAUUACGACUACGACUCAAUGCAGCCCUAUUUCUACUACGAUAACGAGGAGGAGGACUUCUACCCCCAGCAGCUUCAGCCCCCGGCACCGAGUGAGGACAUCUGGAAGAAAUUCGAACUGUUGCCGACCCCUCCUCUGUCUCCCAGCCGGCGGCCGUCCCUGUCCAGUCUGUUCCCCUCCACGGCAGAUCAGCUGGAGAUGGUCACAGAGUUUCUGGGCGAUGACGCGGUCAACCAGAGCAUCAUCUGCGACGCGGACUAUUCCCAAACCUUUCUCAAAUCCAUAAUCAUUCAGGACUGUAUGUGGAGUGGAUUUUCUGCAGCGGCCAAACUGGAAAAGGUAGUGUCCGAGAGACUCGCCUCCCUCCACGCUGCCAGAAAGGAGUCAGCGUGCGGGGAUAACGCGGAGGGCUCCGGAAGCGCACCGUGGAGACUUAAUAGCAGCUACCUCCAGGACUUGAGCACCGCAGCGUCUGAGUGCAUUGACCCCUCUGUGGUGUUUCCGUACCCCGUAGCAGAGAUUCCUAAGCAGAACACUGUCGUAUCGCCUACUAAGGAUUUAGGACUGGACACGCCGCCCAACAGUGGCAGCAGCAGCAGUUGUAGUGACUCUGAAGAUGAGGAUGCAGAUGAUGAUGAUGAUGAUGAUGAAGAGGAGGAGCAGGAGGAUCAGGAGGAAGAGGAGGAGAUUGAUGUGGUGACAGUGGAGAAGAGGCAGUCGGUAAAACGCUACGACCUAAGCCCGACAGAGAGCAGACACCCCAGCCCUCUGGUGCUCAAGAGGUGCCACGUCUCCACCCACCAGCAUAAUUAUGCCGCUCACCCAUCCAUGAGGCAGGAGCAGCCCGCCGUCAAGAGGCUGAAGCUGGAGAGUCCUGGUAGUGGCGGGGGCGGCAGCGGUAACAGUGGUGGUCACAGCCACAGAGUGCUCAAACAGAUCAGCAGCAACCGCAAGUGUUUGAGUCCACGGACAUCAGACACUGAGGACUACGACAAGAGAAGGACUCACAAUGUACUAGAGCGACAGAGGAGGAACGAGCUCAAGCUCAGCUUCUUUGCACUGAGGGACGAGAUCCCCGAAGUGGCCAACAACGAGAAGGCAGCUAAAGUGGUGAUCUUGAAAAAGGCCACAGAGUGCAUCUACAGCAUGCAGUCGGACGAACAGAGACUGGUGUCAGUCAAAGAGCAGCUGCGGAGGAAAAGUGAACUCCUAAAGCAGAGACUCUCACAGCUGCAGGCCUGUCGAGCCUGAACCUUCAACUACAGACUUUUGAGUUUAGUUUUUUAUGCAAGUUCACAACUUCUUGACUUAGGGUGUACAGUUAUUGUUGCAUGCAAAUGCAAGAUUAAGUUUUGGAAUCUUGUUUGAUUUCAAUGUUAAAACUGCCUCAAUUGAAGUUAUGGGUGGAGUAAAUAUUUAAAAUUUAUUUUUAUUAAUAAAAUAUGAAAAUGGGUUACUAUGUUGAUGACCCAAACUAAAAUAUAAAUUUUUAUGUUUUGUAUAUAGUUAAAUAUUUCCUAAGAAAAUGUAUUUUUGGAUCUCAAUUGUCUGGAUGUUCAGACCCAGUGUUUGGUUUUUCAUUUUGUUCUAGAUUUUUUUCAAAUAUAAAAUGCUUUUCUUGA